GUCAACUCGACCCGCGAUGUUACUAGUCAUGUAUUGGCGACGUAAUUUUCAACAUUCUCCUCAAACUUGAAACUCCAACCAUGAACGCUGGUAGCGGCUCUUGGGAGGAUUAAUAAUGAGCUAAUCCCAGCCUUAGUUGAUAAGCGUCCCUUAGUGUGACGGACCAGACAAAUAACUUGAGAGAAGAGCCUUGUGAACGCCUGUCACAGCAAAACCUGUUGAUCUGCAACUUCGCUCCGUCAAACAUGCAGAGGAGCAUUCGCAAUAUGGCCAUGGCAACGCUCUGCUCCUUUUUGCUUGCUUCGAAGUAGUUAGUGAGUAGGUUACCCAGUCAGGAGAAUUUAAAAAUAGUUAGGGGAAAUUAUCCGUCGUUUCAUAUAUAUUUACACCACAGAAAUUACAAGAUGAUAAGGGCGAAAUAAAAGAAGAAGAAGAGGAACGAGGGGAAAUGCGCGGGAGAAUGUGCAUGAACAGAGAUGAACAUUACCCUCCAAUCUCUGCAAUUUUCCAGCCCUCCGCAUAAUCAAGGGCAGGGUUUGCACGGGACGGGCCCUUCAAGGCCUCCCGAUCAGGUUCCCACAUGAUUGGCCUCUUGGUAUUCAUUCUCCAGCCCAUGGAGGGAUCAGCAUUCUUGUUGUUGUCGCGUCCGAACAGCUCUUUUGGACAACGGAGCUGACGGUGUGUGUUGCUUCGAUUUAUGUCGAAGAGCUGAUGUUGGAUGGAAGGUCGUCAAAACAAAAAGACCAGGGCUGACUAAUCUAUCUCAUUUCGGAAGUCGGCAUUUGUUAUUUCAACGUCGAACUUCAAACUUCAACGUCACCAUCGACUACUACUACUACUACGACGACGACGACGACGAGGACGAGGCAGCACCCUGUACGGAGAACGGGAGUACAGCAUUCCCAACAGGACUAAGGGCGGCGUCCUAAGAAUUCCUUUCCUCCCUUUCCAGAUGCCAAUUUCUCCGGUAUGCCACUGCGAAGCCAGAUAGAACAGGAGAAGGGAAAGGGGGAAAAAGCAACGCGCAGAGGCACGAGAAGAGAAAACAAAACAAGGUGGUGGCUUGCGUGCAGCAAGCCUGCCCAUCAGAUGAUAUCCUGCCUGGCUGGCUUCAAGAAGAUGAAGAGCAUCCCUGCUCCCUAGCCGCUUAGCUAGCGCAAAGUUUUUCGAGUUUAACGUGUUUCAUGUGUGCAUGAGGGAACUAUUAUUAUCUCUUGGAGCCUGCCUGCCCGUCGCGAGACGAGACUGUGCGACUGCUGCGUGCGUGGCAACCAAGAUCAGCCAUCCCGUUUCUCUCAACAGGCACAUGUUUCUUUGGCAACAACCACUCGACUCUGUAAUUAUUGAGCUUGAGGAACACGCGGCUAGCACAAGCAAGAAUAAGCGAAUCGACCCGUUGGAUUGGAUCUCGCGGAACGAGGAGGGACGCGGGAGCGCGAGGGCUCCGAUACAGCGAAUGCUGGGUCGAUGCAUCCGGGUCCGACCAGGAAGGCGUCAACGAGUUGUAUGUCAAGAAACAUGGCUGCUCCCUGCCAUGCGAGAGGCAAUCACAAUGGGCAUUCCGCUAUCAUUGUCGAUCCGUUGCAAGAGAGAGGCCAACAGUGCUUUUCUGGCGACAAAGAAGCAUCUGUUGGCUGUGACGGGACUGGGACACUGAGACUCCCAAGAACUGUGUGAUGCCUUACCUUUUUCUUUUCCAUGAAGUCCCCUUGCAUCGAUAAUGGGAAAAACAAAUUUUAAGAUUCGGCAUUUUGCUUUGUUAGCGGCCGUAGUUUUCCUGAUCUGGAAAUUGCUAUACGAGCUGUGAUUGAUUUCUAAACUGCAAACUUGCCCGAUAGGGAAAGUUUAAGAUUGAGAACAGGCGCACUGAUUGGACGAUUUCUUUCAAUACAUCGGCCUUGUAUCAGCAUUUCGACAAACUUACAAUGCUCACAUAUGUUAAGGUGUUCAAUCUUCAGGGCAAAAAGCGCAAAUAUGAGUAAGGGGCAAGACUGCCCGAUUUGACUGUAUGGGCCGGAAUGAUUCACACCGAGCAUCAAGAUUGCAAAAAUACUUUCAUGAAAAAAUA